AUGACUCCACUGUUCACAGAUCACUUUGCUGAUGCCGAUGUCUCUGACGUGCAAGCAACUCCCAGAUUCCGGGUUGACGACAUAGGUCACCCCUGGGCACCAUUCAAGUCGCGACUAGAGUUUGAACUUGCUGAACUUGCCCUGGAGGCUUGUUUGAACAACGAGCAGACUGAUCAGCUCAUACGACUUUGCAACCGGUGCACUUCCCGACAGGAGAAGUUCACAUUCCGGACCCACAAGGACAUUCACGACAGGUGGGAGACUGCUUCCCAUCGCCUUACGGGGUUUACUCAAGACAUGAUUUCAGUACCGUAUGACGGUACCAAUACGAGAUGGGCUACUGAUCUCCUUCGUGAUCCUCAGCUCUUUCCGCACAUGGUAUUUGAUGCGCAGCGCUUCUCAAAGUUUGAUGGCGAGACAUUUGUAAACUUUGUAGAUGAACCUUACACGGCUGAAGCUUUUUGGAAUGUUCAAUCUCAGCUACCAGAGGGCGCCAAACCUCUGGCGUUUAUUCUGUAUGCGGACAAGACGAAGUUGUCCUCAUUUGGUACCGCAAGAGGUUACCCCGUUGUUGCACGUCUUGCGAACCUUCCCACCGACAUUCGCCAAUGGUCAAGGUAUGGGUGGCUGGCUACGUUGUUGGGUGGCUUCCUAUUGUAUGGAGUGAAGGAGGAGAAGGAUCACGCUGGCAAGCCAAGCUGGGUCAAUUUCAAGAACGCUGUUUGGCACGAGGCGUUCUUGAAGAUUCUCUCUCCGCUAGCAUCAAAAUCUAGUACAGGUCAAUGGUUUGAAUGUCUCGACAGCAUCCAACGCUGGUUCUUUCCUUCGAUAUUAAUCUUGUCGGCCGAUUACAAGGAACAAUGUGUUAUGUCGCUCACUCGAGGGAUCAAGUCCCUGUGGCCAUGCCCAGUUUGUCUCGCCUAUCCUCGUCGAACAUCCGAUCAGUCACAGAACGUCUUGCAGGUUGCGCGGGGCAAGCAGACCGCUGAAGAGAGAGAUGAUAUGCUCAAACAAUAUGGACUUCGUGAUGUCCAGAACGCUUUUUGGAUCGUUGCGCUUACUUGUGUACAUUACGCACUCUCGUGGGAUAGGCUCCAUUUCAAUGGUGGCCUGUACCGCGAUCAUUUGUGGGCCGAACUGCAGAGAAUAAUCAUUAGUCUUGGGAGAGCAAGUGUAGCGCAGAUGGACCACAAGCGUUUCCACCGGUGGCGCAAUCUCAAACAUCUAUCGCAAAUGGUGAUCUAUGCUGCACAUACCAUUGUGACUGAGGACGGGUGUCCAAUCGGCUACCUCUUACUUCGUUGUAUUCGACUCUUUCUUGAAGUCGAUUUAUAUGCAGCACUCGAGGUUCACACAGCUGAUACUAUCCAUGCAGGCCGACACGCAGUUCAAGCGUUCUCAACCUAUCUCCAGCAAUAUAUAACUAAAACAGCCGACACGAGCGACAAGAACUGGAACUUCCCCAAAUUGCACAUGAGUGUGCAUAUCUUUGACAACAUCGAAGCUAAAGGAGCUACACGUAACUACAACACGAAGCCAAACGAGAAGAUGCACGGGUCGCUGAAAGAUUCGUAUCAAAUGCGCACCAACUUCAGGAAUGUGGCGCCGCAGAUUCUUCGCAUCAAUCAUUGGCAAGUGGUCGCCGAGAGCAUUUGCCGGAACAUAUCCGACUUCGAUGAGUAUCAGUCAUGCGAUGUCGACAAUGUGCUGGACAAAGACAAUUCCGUGGUGGAUGAUUUGGUCGUCUCGAACGACUCGCCUCAUGUAAAGCUUGGAUCCAGACAAGCUCCACAGACUUUUGAAUCUGUCGAGAACACUCACAGACAUGACAGCGCAUUUACUAACUUUCGUAUCAGGCUCAAUGAUUUCUUAACUAACUUUUUACCAGCCAUUCAAGUCCCUCUACCAGGUGGAAAGCGGGUCCAGCUCAAAGCAAAUGGCAAGAUUACCGGGUGCCGUUUCUUAAAGGUUAACUAUGAGUCAUUGGUAGAUUGGCGCCAACAUACCGAUUUCCUUCGUUGUAAUCCCAAGUUCUUUGGUACUCCGCGCUUCGACUGUGUGUUCGUCCAGACAACCGACAAGAUCAUCUUUGGUCGCCUGCUCUUUGUUUUUGAAUGUACACUGGAAGAUACAGCCCUCUCCCUUGCCCUUAUUCACCCAUUUGAUGCUCCCACUGGUGUUCGCAUCCGAAAAGACAAGCAUCUCUCCAUCUUUCGUGUGCGAGCAAGACCCCGGGCGCAGGCUGAAUUUUUUUCAGUAAGGUCGAUCAUCCGCGGAGCUUUCCUAGUGCCGGAUGGUAGCAAUGAUUACAUUGUUGUCGAUACUGUUGACACCGACAUGUUCCUUCGUGUGAAGGCGCUGCAUCUUGAGGCAGGGCACCUUGUACGUGUUUGA